UCUCUCACACACACACACACAGACUCACCAACACACACACAAACUUUACAGCAAUAAAUAAUAAAUAAAUGUAAUAUAUAUAUAUACGACCUCACUAGGUUGUUGUAGGCAUCAGUACAUUAUAUUGAAUGUAAUAUUUGUGUGACCCUAUGUUGUGAUAAUAAACGGACAGGAAGCACCAAUUUCAUUAUGCUUUAGUUGCAGUAUGGAAUAAAUGGACAUCAAUCUUCAUCCUGCUGAAAACAGUAACUUUUAAAUGACCUCAUUUAACAAAUAGGUAGCUAUCUAUGUUAACACACGGGAAAACGUUUAACUCGGCUCGGACUUGCGCAUUCAUCCGCACACGCCAGGAUACCGUUUGGCGUUAUCCGGGUUAAGGUCUGGCGUCUGGCCUUUUAAAUUUCAUGGUUGAAUCUGAACUCAGCAGCCAGGACAAACAUGGCACUCGCUAAUGCCUACCCUGGUUACAUCUUGUUUACAUCUUGUUUUCCUACAAGAAGCCCAAACACUAAGAAUUAUACCCGGUAAUGUCCAAGUGUACGAAUUUAUUUUGACUAACGUUUAAUUUAGGCGAGGGUAAUUAGUGACGCCAUUUAAUUUGUGUGACUUGGGGUUGACAGAGGCUUGGUUUCAAAUCCCAACACCGUUUUUUGCCCCCCACAGACACCACACUACUGCCACUUGUUCUUAUCAUUUAUAAGUAGGGAUUUAUUUAGACAAUUUUCCCUUUGGCUUGACUGAUUAUUUUUCAUUUUGCAUAUUUCAAUUUAUGGAACUCAGUCUGAGCCCAGUCUGAGAUAAUUUUAGCUCAAGUGAAGCGUGAUUUGUUGGGCUUCACAACUAUAAUUUCACGUUUGUGCAUAACAACUGUCAUGUCUACGUGUCCUUAUUUGGAUUUUUCGCCUUAAAUGUUGCAAUAAUUCAACAUUUUAAAUAAUUCAGUCCUUUUCUGCAAACGACUGGCAGACAGUAAAUGUAAAAAAGAUGGGGGGAAAAAAGGAAAACAUUUGUAACGCCAAACGCGUAAUUACGCACAGAUUCUUAAAAAGAAAAAAAAAAGUCAACAGCUAAAUGACGUGCAAUGCAACUAAACGUAAAUCAGAAAUAAAACACAGAUUUCAGCAUCAAAACACGCGUGAAGCUUUAAGAAUUCAACAAUUCGUCAGCUAUGUUAUCCACCCCACCAUGUCUACACAAAUCCAUUACAUUUCAGUAUAUGUGUCUAAUUGUGUUCCAUACGACGCCGGACGCUGCUCUAAUUCGCACCAUAUUAGUGUUAUGUUAUUUUCUGUGUCGCUGCAUCUCUAAUAAAGAGUUCAAGGUAGUUUCACAGACUACUAACUGACAAGGUGCUCUCGUAUAUUGCUGGGCAAAACGGCGAACACAUGCAACUGGAUACAACGGUAACAUUAUCCCUGUUAUCAAAGCUUUCAUUGAGUUAUAUCUUUAACGAACCCUUUUACCUCUCCAGCUUCCAGUCUCUUCUUUGCUGUCGUCGGCCUUUCUCGUUUCAUAUAAAUUGUUUGACGUGAACACGGUGGCUUUAUGUUGAGCGAGGAACUCCGAUGCAGCCUUAUUAAUGACACGUUUAUGAACAAUCAAAUGGCCCUCGUUAAAAUUUAUUGACGGGCAUAAAAACACGAACGGCCACUAGCCGAAUAUAGCCCGCUGUAGUGGGCUGCUUGUCAAGAAUCUAAAUCCCCUCCUCUCUUAUCUCAACAGAUCCCAUUUAGGAAAUGUUUGCUUUUCUCUCGUUAAAACGGUGCAAACUUUAUUACCGGUGUAUCGUGCAUCCCGUGUUUUGAUUGUCUGUCUCUGUCUCUCUCUCCGCACUGCCCAGACGGCAUGUAGCUGCGAAGUCUUUCUAUCUCUAAGAAAUAAACAUCAUAGCACAGGAAGUUAUAAACCUUUCACUUUAUCAAAUGUGCUGCUGGUCUGAUGGAGAUGAAACAAUUCCAUAAACACUUGAAUGCUGUAAUACUAUCCGCUGCAAUAGCAUGGGGCUGUACGGUAGAUUUUGCCAGGCAGAGAUUGAUUACACCAUCAAAUAGUUCCUUGCCUUUAGACGUACCGUGCGCAAGACUGCACUGCGACUGCGAAUAGUUCCGCCACUAGCGCUACAAAUGCAUAUAUUCUUCAUAGAGUAACAGUGUGGUUAAAGUUACCUCUAUGCGUCCAAGAAAAAGUAGUAAAAAAUCACGUUCUCUAAUCCGAUUUAUGUGCAUUUGUAUCCCAGGAUAAGUGGCGCAUUGAUCCACUGUACAAUUUUUGUGGGGGUAAAUAUAAUCACGUGUCGGCGAGGCAGCCAAUAGCAGCCAAGGAAGCGUUGAGAAAUAAUUACCUGCCUUGAUUGUUCUAUGGCUAGAUAAAAAAAGUACACAUACACUCCAUAUAAUAAUCGGAUGCAUGUAAAAGAGUCGGGGAAGCUUCGACAUGUCGACCACGGGUCCCAUAAGUAAUUAUUAUGUGGACUCCUUGAUCAACCAUGAAAACGAGGAUGUCCUUGCUGCAACUCGGUUUUCGGCGCCCGGUUCGCACCCAGCCGGCCCUCGUCCGACGUCCCUAGUACCGGAGUGUGCCGACUAUCCUUCCUGCAGCUUCGCACCCAAGCCUCCCGUCUUCUCCACCUCCUGGGCCCCCGUGCACUCUCAGUCAUCAGUGGUUUACCAUCCAUACAGUCACCAACCUCACUUAGGCACAGACUCGAGGUAUAUGCGGUCAUGGCUGGAGCCGAUAUCAGGCGCUGUGCCUUUCCAUGGCUAUCCGGGGAACGGCAGGCACUUUGGGCUGAAGCCCGACGCAUUUCAGGAGCACAGAGCCGGCGAGUGUCUCAGCUCCGGCGGACGGACCUACACGGACUAUCUGUACUGCUCGUCCACUGACGUGCGAGACAAGACGCCGCAGAAUAUCCCUUCUCCCGAGUCGGAGCUCCUGGCUUCAGGGAAACAUAAAGAGGAGAAGCCGGAGCUAGAUCCGAAUAACCCCGUGGCAAAUUGGAUACAUGCCCGCUCCACAAGGAAGAAGCGAUGUCCUUACACAAAGUACCAGACUCUCGAACUGGAAAAGGAGUUUUUGUUCAAUAUGUACCUUACAAGAGACCGUCGAUAUGAGGUCGCAAGGGUGCUGAGUCUGACCGAGAGGCAGGUCAAAAUCUGGUUUCAGAACCGGCGAAUGAAGAUGAAGAAAAUGAACAAAGAAAAGAGCGACAGCAAAGAACAAUAAUGUGGACUGCAUCGAGAAAACAACCAUGAUAACCACUAGUAACAUGGACAGCACAGAUCUACCAAAACACACGAUGGUCCCCCUCUCCUCUUCAUAUUUAUCACUUUGUUGGAUUUUAUAUUAACCUUAACUCUGAGACUGAUGCUGAGUAUUAUUUUCUAGCGCACAUUGAUGUAUCCAGCGUUUAAGAGAAAAAAACUUCUAAGGAGAUAACUUCAUUCUUCAUUCUGCUUUUCCUUCGUUUUUUUUUUUUAUUUUUUUUAUUAUUUUUAUUUUUUGUAAGAGAAAUUAAAGAAGCGCAGUUUGGAUACAUUAAACUGUCCGAAGAAAGAGAAUACUUGAAUUCUUUUGAAUUUCACAAAACCCAUAAUUUAUGAUGUGAAUGUUUUACUUCAUGUUUAUUUCCCUUUGUACGUUGUUGUGCAGGUGGCGUAUUUUGUACAGAAACAGAGCAUCUGCGGUCGGACGUGUCUGUCUUGUAUUUUUGUGAUAGUUGUUGCUGUAUUUGUGCAUCUUUCUUUUUUUUUCUUUUUUUUUUUUUUUUGGACUGUAGCCUACGAGUUUAAUCAUAGAUUGUAGAUCUAGACCUCUGCAAAUAUAACUAUAAUCACAAGUCCUUGUA